CCGCCCGCCUCCCCUGCCCGUCACCGCCCGCCGGCUCCGGGCGCUGGGCGCGGGGAGCUGUCCACAGAGGGAGGUGCUGAAGGCAGGGAGGAAGCCGAGGGACGCCGACAUCUUCGCUCCCCUAAUUUCCUCCCUGCCUUCUGCAGCCAUUUUGCACCAGCAGAGCUGGAGGGAGCGGGUGGGCUGCAGGGGAUGAAGGGAAGAGGGUAAAGAGUUGCGGGGAGCGGAGAGGCAGCCAUGGGAGAUCCCGACUGGUGUGUCUGCUGAGGCUGGCUCACUGCAGCAGCUGUCAUCAGCAUCAUGGUGAAAAGGAAAAGCUCAGAGGGCCAGGAGCAGGAGAGUGGCCGUGGCAUCCCUCUGCCCAUCCAGACCUUCCUAUGGAGACAAACCAGUGCAUUUUUAAGACCUAAACUGGGGAAACAAUAUGAAGCUUCCUGUGUGUCUUUUGAAAGAGUUUUAGUAGAAAACAAACUGCAUGGCCUUUCUCCAGCUCUCUCUGAAGCCAUCCAGAGCAUCUCUCGCUGGGAACUCGUCCAGGCUGCGCUCCCGCAUGUGCUGCACUGCACCGCAACGCUGCUCUCCAACCGGAACAAACUGGGGCAUCAGGAUAAGCUUGGAGUAGCUGAAACAAAGCUUCUUCACACUCUUCACUGGAUGCUGCUGGAGGCUCCUCAGGACUGCAGCAAUGACCGAUUUGGAGGGGACAGAGGCUCUAGCUGGGGAGGGAGCAGUAGCGCCUUUAUCCAUCAGGCGGGAAACCAAGGAUCACCGGGACAUCCCCAGCCCAGCACCACAACUGAUGAGGAGGAGAAUAGCAGAAGGAAGUUCUUCCAGAACUCCAUGGCCACCGUGGAGCUGUUUGUCUUCCUCUUUGCUCCCCUUGUCCACAGAAUUAAAGAGUCCGACCUGACGUUCCGGUUGGCCAGUGGCCUCGUUAUUUGGCAGCCGAUGUGGGAACACAGGCAGCCUGAAGUUUCUGCCUUCAAUGCUCUUGUAAAGCCCAUCAGGAACAUCGUUACAGCCAAGAGAAGUUCUCCCACCAACAAUCAGAGUGCGACUUGUGAAUCCCCUAAUCUGGACAGUGGCCAUACUGAGGGACUGCAGGUGGUCUGUGAGACAGCACGGCCAGAUUCUGUACCUCCAAAGGCUGCUGUUUCAGCAUGUCAUCGUGGAAAUUCCUUGGAUGGAAGCAUAUCCUCCCAAACCUCUCAGGAGAGAGGUACUGCACAUCCCAGAGUGUCCUUGGUGAUCCCACCGUGCCAGAAGUCUCGCUACGCCACGUACUUUGACGUGGCCGUGCUGCGCUGCCUGCUGCAGCCACACUGGUCUGAGGAGGGCACACAGUGGUCACUGAUGUACUACCUGCAGAGGCUGAGGCACAUGCUGCAGGAAAAACCAGAGAAGCCACCUGAGCCAGAGAUCACCCCUUUGCUGAGGCCUCGGAGCAGCUCCAUGGUGGCCGCUGCACCCUCUCUGGUGAACACCCACAAAACUCAGGAUCUUACAAUGAAAUGUAAUGAGGAAGAAAAAUCACUAAGUGCAGAGGCAUUUUCCAAGGUUUCAUUGACCAACUUGCGUAGACCAGCAGUUCCAGAUCUCUCCACAGACCUGGGGAUGAACAUCUUCAAAAAGUUUAAGAGCCGCAAAGAGGACAGGGAACGCGAGCGCAAAGGGUCAAUUCCUUUCCACCACACUGGGAAGAAGCGGCAAAGAAGGAUGGGGGUGCCUUUCCUCCUCCAUGAGGAUCAUUUGGAUGUCUCACCCACUCGCAGCACUUUCUCCUUUGGCAGUUUCUCUGGAAUCGGAGAGGACCGACGUGGCAUUGAGAGAGGAGGAUGGCAAACCACCAUAUUAGGGAAGUUUACCAGGCGGGGGAGCUCUGACACAGCAACGGAGAUGGAGAGCCUGAGCGCCAGGCACUCGCACUCUCAUCACACGCUGGUCUCCGACCUGCCAGACCACUCAAACAGCCACGGAGAGAACACAGUCAAAGAAGCAUUACAAGCUGCAUUAAGAGUGCGGUCCCAGAUCUCCACCAUCACUGUGGCCACCUUCAACACCACCCUGGCCUCGUUCAACGUGGGCUAUGCCGACUUCUUCAGCGAACACAUGAGGAAGCUUUGCAACCAGGUGCCCAUCCCUGAGAUGCCCCACGAGCCACUUGCAUGUGCCAACCUCCCACGGAGCCUGACAGAUUCCUGCAUCAAUUACAGUUGCUUGGAGGACACAGAUCACAUUGAUGGAACCAACAACUUUGUCCACAAGAACGGCAUGCUGGAUCUCUCGGUGGUCCUGAAGGCUGUUUACUUGGUCCUAAACCAUGACAUCAGCUCCCGGAUUUGUGAUGUGGCACUGAACAUUGUGGAGUGCUUACUGCAGCUUGGUGUGGUGCCCUGUGUAGAGAAGGUUCGGAGGAAGAGCGAGAACAAAGAAAAUGAGGCUCCUGAGAAGAGACCAAGUGAAGGAUCCUUCCAGCUCAAAGGGGCUGCUUCUGCUGGUUCAACUUGUGGAUUUGGGCCACCUCCAGUUAGUGGAGUUGGAGAUGGAGGAGAAGAAGGAGGUGGUGGAAGUGGAGGAGGAGGUGGAGGUGGAAGUGAUGGAGGUGGUGGUGGAGGAGGAGGAGGGCCAUAUGAGAAGAAUGACAAAAAACAAGAAAAGGAUGAAGGCCCAUCUAUCAGCACCCAUAGGCUGGCACUCACAAUGCUGAUAAAAAUUGUGAAGUCCCUGGGUUGUGCCUAUGGUUGUGGAGAAGGACACCGAGGGCUCUCUGGAGAUCGCCUGAGACACCAGGUAUUCCGGGAGAAUGCUCAGAACUGCCUCACAAAGCUGUACAAACUGGAUAAGAUUCAAUUCCGGCAGACCAUGAGGGAUUAUGUGAACAGGGAUUCUCUCAAUAAUGUGGUGGAUUUCCUUCAUGCUUUACUGGGAUUCUGCAUGGAGCCAGUCACUGACAACAAGGCUGGAUUUGGGAAUAACUUCACCACAGUGGACAACAAGUCUACAGCCCAGAGUGUAGAAGGUAUUAUUGUGAGUGCCAUGUUCAAGUCACUGAUCACUCGCUGUGCUUCCACUACACAUGAGCUCCACAGCCCGGAAAACCUGGGCUUGUACUGCGAUAUCCGACAGCUGGUCCAGUUUAUCAAGGAGGCUCAUGGGAAUGUGUUUCGGAGAGUGGCACUCAGUGCCCUCUUGGACAGUGCUGAAAAGUUAAUACCAGGAAAAAAACCAGAGGAAACAGAGCAAGAGCCAAAACCUUCUGGAAGCAAAAGAUCUGAGGUGGGAAGUGUCAUCAUUGACAAAGGCCAGACUUCAGCUGCCCCUGAUGAAUGCCGGAGUUACGUCUCAAGCCGCCCAAUGCAAACUCCAGAACAUGAUGAGCAAAGCCAGGGGGCCAAUCUGGGACGGAAGGACUUCUGGCGAAAGAUGUUCAAAUCACAAAGUGCAGCGAGUGAUACCAGUAGUCAGUCUGAGCAGGACACAUCCGAGUGCACCACUGCUCACUCUGGAACCACCACAGACAGGCGCUCCCGCUCCCGUUCCCGGCGAAUCUCCCUUCGAAAGAAACUCAAACUCCCUAUAGGUAAAUGGAACUGGCUGAAGCGCUCCUCCCUCUCUGGCCUGGCCGACGGAGUGGAAGAUCUCCUAGAUAUCAGCUCUGUCGACCGUCUCUCUUUCAUCAGGCAGAGUUCCAAGGUGAAGUUUACCAGCGCAGUGAAGCUGUCAGAAGGAGGGGGGCCGGGAGGAGGCCUGGACAACGGGAGAGAUGAAGAGGAGAAUUUCUUCAAGCGUCUUGAUCAACAGGUUUUCUGUGCUUAUGGAGAAGAGAAUAAAAGCCUGUUGAUGGUGGAUGGACAUACUGUUAAAUCCCUCCAAGGUUGCCAUAGCUUUGAUGAUCACUUGACCUCCAACCAAGAAGGAGGAAAAUCCAAGAACGUUGUGAACCUGGGAGCAAUCCGCCAAGGCAUGAAGCGCUUCCAGUUUCUCCUGAACUGCUGUGAACCAGGCACUAUCCCUGAUGCCUCCAUUUUGGCAGCAGCCCUAGAUCUUGAAGCUCCUGUAGUGGCGCGAGCGGCCCUGUUCCUCGAGUGCGCGCGCUUCGUUCACCGCUGUAAUCGUGGCAACUGGCCCGAGUGGAUGAAGGGCCACCAUGUGAACAUCACUAAGAAAGGCCUGUCCCGUGGCCGUUCACCUGUUGUGGGCAACAAAAGGAACCAGAAGCUGCAGUGGAAUGCAGCUAAGCUCUUCUACCAGUGGGGAGAUGCGAUUGGUGUCCGCCUCAACGAGCUGUGCCAUGCUGAGAGCGAGAGCCCUGCCAACCUGCUGGGCCUCAUUUAUGAUGAGGAGACCAAGAGGCGCCUGAGAAAGGAGGAUGAGGAAGAAGACUUUUUAGAUGACAGUAAGGAGACUCCCUUUACUACAAGAACCCCCACUUGCACUGUGAAUCCUACCAGAUGUUGUUGUCCUUUUGCACUGAAGAUGGCAGCCUGUCAGCUUCUCCUGGAGAUAACUACUUUCCUUCGAGAGACCUUUCCCUACAUGGCCAGGCCGCGGACCGAGCCUCUCAUGGAUCUGGAGAGCUGCAGGCUGCGUCUGGACCCUGAGAUGGACCGGCAUAGGUAUGAAAGAAAGAUCAGCUUUGCUGGGGUUCUGGAUGAAAACGAAGAUUCAAAGGAUUCCCUGCACAGCAGCAGCCACACCCUCAAAUCUGAGGCUGGCUUCGAGGAGAAAAAAGUUCCCAGCAGGAAGAUCAGGAUAGGAGGCUCCCGCUUGCUCCAGAUUAAAGGAACCCGCAGUUUCCGGGUGAAGAAGGGGGGUUCCCUUUCCAGCAUUCGCCGGGCCGGCAGCCUAAAGAGCACCAAGUUAUCACGGCAGGACUCAGAGUCUGAGAAUGAGGAGCUGCAGCUGUCCCACAGCAGGGACACUGUCACUGAUAUAGAAGGGAGCCCUUGGAGCGCAAGCGAGCCCAGCAUUGAACCCGAGGUGCUGAGCAACACAGGCAUGGAGGAGAACUAUCAUCGGAAUAUGUCGUGGCUGCAUGUUAUGAUCCUUUUAUGCAACCAGCAAAGUUUCAUAUGUACCCACAUUGACUACUGUCACCCACACUGCUACCUCCAUCACAGCCGCUCCUGUGCUCGCCUCGUCCGGGCCAUCAAACUCCUGUAUGGAGACACAGUGGACUCUCUGCGAGAAAACACCACGCUGAACAAUGUGGCAAGAGGCAAAAAACAAAAGGAAUGCUCAGACAAGUCGUGCUUGAGAACUCCUUCUCUAAAAAAGAGGGUAAUUGAUAUCAACUUGGAAGGGAAGAAGGACUCUGGAAUGCUAAAAUACAUCAGGCAGCAGGUAAUGAGCCUCUCCCCUGCACCUUUGUCACUGUUAAUCAAGGCAGCUCCUAUCCUCACAGAAGAGAUGUAUGGGGACAUUCAGCCAGCAGCAUGGGAGCUCCUGCUCAGUGUGGAUGAGCACAUGGCUGGAGCAGCAGCUGCCAUGUUCCUGCUGUGUGCUGUGAAAGUGCCAGAGGCCGUUUCUGACAUGCUGAUGUCCGAAUUUCAUCACCCAGAAACAGUGCAAAGACUGAAUGCCAUUCUCAAAUUUCACACACUCUGGAGGUUUAGAUAUCAAGUGUGGCCAAGGAUGGAAGAGGGAGCACAGCAGAUCUUUAAGAUCCCUCCUCCAAGUAUAAACUUCACUCUGCCUUCUCCUGUGCUGGGUAUGCCAUCUGUGCCAAUGUUUGAUCCUCCCUGGGUCCCUCAGUGCAGUGGGAGUGUGCAAGAUCCUAUAAAUGAAGAUCAGUCGAAGUCAUUUUCAGCCCGAGCUGUGUCGCGUUCCCAUCAGCGAGCGGAGCAUAUCCUGAAGAACCUGCAGCAGGAGGAAGAGAAGAAACGCCUGGGCCGGGAAGCCAGUCUCAUCACUGCCAUCCCCAUCACUCAGGAGGCCUGCUACGAGCCAUCCUGCACACCCAGCUCGGAGCAGGAAGAAGAAGUAGAAGAAGUUGCCAACCUGGCCUCCCGCCGUCUUUCUGUGAGUCCUUCCUGCACCUCCAGUACAUCCCAUAGGAACUAUUCCUUCCGCCGUGGCUCUGUCUGGUCAGUGCGGUCUGCAGUCAGUGCAGAAGAUGAAGAACACACUACUGAACACACUCCAAACCAUCAUGUGCCCCAACCACCUCAGGCUGUGUUUCCAGCAUGCAUCUGUGCAGCAGUGCUCCCCAUUGUCCACUUGAUGGAAGAUGGAGAAGUCCGGGAGGAUGGAGUAGCUGUAAGUGCUGUUGCUCAGCAGGUCCUGUGGAACUGCUUAAUUGAAGACCCCUCAACAGUUCUGCGCCAUUUCCUUGAGAAGCUCACGAUCAGCAAUCGACAGGAUGAGCUGAUGUAUAUGUUAAGGAAGCUUUUGUUGAACAUUGGAGACUUUCCUGCCCAGACAUCUCAUAUCCUCUUUAACUACUUGGUAGGACUGAUCAUGUAUUUUGUACGGACUCCGUGUGAGUGGGGCAUGGAUGCCAUUUCUGCCACACUUACCUUCCUUUGGGAAGUGGUGGGUUAUGUUGAAGGACUCUUCUUCAAGGACCUCAAACAGACUAUGAAGAAGGAACAAUGUGAAGUGAAGCUGCUAGUGACUGCCUCAAUGCCAGGCACAAAAACCCUUGUUGUGCAUGGACAGAAUGAGUGUGACAUCCCAACGCAGUUACCAGUCCACGAGGACACACAGUUUGAGGCUCUUCUGAAGGAGUGCUUGGAGUUUUUUAACAUACCUGAAACUCAGUCUUCUCAUUAUUUUUUAAUGGAUAAGCGUUGGAAUCUCAUUCAUUACAACAAGACCUACGUCCGUGACAUUUAUCCUUUCCGUAGGUCCGUUUCUCCCCAGCUCAACCUGGUGCAGAUGCAUCCAGAAAAGGGUCAAGAGCUCAUUCAGAAGCAGGUGUUCACCCGCAAGCUGGAAGAGGUGGGGCGAGUCUUGUUCCUGAUAUCCCUGACGCAGAAAAUACCUACUGCCCACAAGCAGUCCCAUGUGUCCAUGCUUCAGGAGGACCUCCUCCGCCUGCCUUCAUUUCCCCGAAGUGCCAUUGAUGCCGAGUUCUCACUGUUCAGUGAUCCCCAAGCUGGGAAAGAGCUCUUUGGUCUGGACACUCUUCAGAAAAGCUUGUGGAUUAAGCUGCUGGAGGAGAUGUUCCUUGGCAUGCCCAGUGAGUUCCCCUGGGGGGAUGAGAUCAUGCUGUUCCUGAACGUCUUCAAUGGCGCCCUGAUCCUGCACCCCGAGGACAGUGCCUUGCUGAGGCAGUACGCUGCCACCGUCAUCAACACAGCCGUGCACUUCAACCACCUCUUCUCCCUCAGCGGGUACCAGUGGGUGCUGCCCAGCAUGCUGCAGGUGUACUCUGACUAUGAAAGCAACCCCCAGCUGCGCCAAGCGAUCGAGUUCGCGUGUCGCCAGUUCUACGUCCUGCACCGCAAGCCCUUUAUCCUGCAGCUGUUUGCCAGCGUGGCCCCUCUCCUGGAGUUCCCUGAUGCCACAAACAACGGAACCAGCAAAGGAGUGUCGGCUCAGUGCCUGUUUGACCUUCUGCAGUCCUUGGAGGGAGAUACUCCUGAUAUUUUGGACAUCUUAGAGCUGGUGAAAGCGGAAAAGCCUCUCAAGUCAUUAGACUUCUGCUAUGGAAGUGAAGACCUGACCUUUUCCAUCAGCGAAGCCAUCAAGCUGUGUGUGACAGUGGUGGCCUAUGCUCCUGAGUCAUUCAGAAGCCUCCAGAUGCUGAUGGUCUUGGAAGCGCUUGUUCCCUGUUACUUACAGAAACUGAAGCGACAAACCUCUGAAGUGGAGACUGGGACAGCAGCUCGUGAGGAGAUUGCUUCUAUGGGUGCCCUUGCCACCUCUUUGCAGGCCCUCCUGUACAGUGUAGAAGUUCUCACCAGGCCUAUGACAGCUCCACAGAUGAGUCGAUGUGACCAGGGCCAUAAAGGGACCACAACAGCAAACCACACCAUGACAGCAGGUGUGAACACCAGGUACCCUGAACAAGGAACCAAACUACACUUUAUCAGGGAGAACCUUCACAUAUUGGAGGAGGGCCAGGGUCUUCCCCGAGAGGAGCUGGAUGAACGAAUUGCCAGAGAGGAGUUCAGGAGACCACGGGAGUCAUUGCUGAAUAUCUGCACAGAGUUUUACAAGCACUGUGGUCCAAGGCUGAAGAUUUUGCAGAAUCUGGCUGGUGAGCCCCGCGUGACUUCUCUGGAGCUGCUGGAUGUGAAGUCCCACAUGAGGCUGGCGGAAAUCGCACAUUCCCUGCUGAAACUGGCACCUUACGACACGCAGACCAUGGAGAGCCGAGGGCUCCGGCGCUACAUCAUGGAGAUGCUGCCCAUCACGGACUGGACGGCCGAGGCGGUGAGACCUGCCCUUAUCCUCAUCUUAAAGAGAUUGGAUCGUAUGUUCAAUAAAAUUCACAAGAUGCCUACUCUGAGGCGCCAGGUUGAGUGGGAGCCUGCCAGCAGUUUGAUUGAAGGGGUUUGUUUGACACUUCAGAGGCAGCCUAUCAUAUCCUUCCUGCCUCACCUUAGGUCUCUGAUCAAUGUCUGUGUCAAUCUGGUGAUGGGAGUAGUAGGACCCUCCAGUGUGGCUGACGGAUUACCCCUUCUUCAUCUCAGCCCUUAUCUCUCACCACCUCUUCCCUUCAGCACAGCUGUUGUCCGGCUUGUAGCAUUGCAGAUACAGGCUUUGAAAGAAGAUUUCCCCCUAAGCCAUGUCGUCUCCCCAUUCACCAAUCAGGAAAGAAGGGAAGGAAUGCUUUUAAACCUACUGAUUCCAUUUGUGCUCACAGUAGGAUCUGGAAGCAAAGACAGCCCCUGGCUGGAGCAGCCUGAGGUCCUGCUGCUGCUCCAGACUGUUAUCAAUAUCCUCCUGCCACCUCGAAUCAUCAGCACUUCCCGAAGCAAGAAUUUUAUGCUGGAGAGCUCCCCUGCCCACUGCUCCACUCCAGGGGAUGCAGGGAAGGACCUGCGACGGGAAGGGCUCGCAGAGUCCACCAGCCAGGCUGCCUACCUGGCCCUGAAGGUGAUCCUUGUUUGCUUUGAACGCCAGCUGGACAGCCAGUGGUACUGGCUGAGCCUGCAAGUCAAAGAGAUGGCCCUGCGGAAGGUGGGAGGGCUGGCCCUGUGGGAUUUCCUCGACUUUAUCGUACGAACACGGAUCCCUAUCUUUGUGCUCCUUCGGCCCUUCAUCCAGUGCAAGCUGCUGGCGCAGCCGGCUGAGAACCACGAGGAGCUGACGGCCCGACAGCACAUUUCCGACCAGCUGGAGAAACGGUUCAUCCCGCGCCCGCUCUGCAAGAGCUCCCUCAUCGCCGAGUUCAACAAUGAGCUGAAGAUCCUGAAGGAGGCCGUGCACAGUGGGUCGGCUUACCAAGGGAAGACAUCCGUCAGCACUGUGGGCACCUCCACCUCCGCGUACCGCCUGAGCCUGGCCACCAUGUCCCGCUCCAACACCGGCACCGGCACAGUCUGGGAGCAGGACAGCGAGCCUUCCCAGCAGGCCUCGCAGGACACGCUGAGCCGCACGGAUGAGGAGGAUGAAGAAAAUGACUCCCUGAGCAUGCCCAGUGUGGUAAGUGAACAAGAAGCAUACCUUAUGGGUGCCAUUGGGAGGAGGCGGUUCUCCAGCCAUCUCUCCAGCGUGUCCGCACCUCAGGCUGAGGUGGGCAUGUUGCCCAGCCAAAGUGAACCUAAUGUCCUCGAUGACUCCCCGAGCCUGGCCACUGAGGGCAGCCUCUCUAGGGUGGCAAGUGUGCAGAGUGAGCCAGGACAGCAGAACCUUCUUCUGCAGCAGCCCUUGGGGCGGAAGAGAGGCCUGCGGCAGCUUCGACGGCCACUGCUGUCACGUCAGAAAACUCAAACGGAGCCUCGGAGCCGUCACGGAGCGCGACUCUCCACCACGCGGCGGAGCAUCCAGCCAAAGCCUAAACCCUGCGCGGAGCAGAAGCGGUCGGUGACGUUCACUGAGGCCCCGCCCGAGGCUCCCCCCGCCUGCCCUGGGGACACUCUGGCUCUGGUGGCCCAGCAGGUGGGCUGUGGCCACAGCAGCCCCCCAGUGACCAGCAAGCAGGAGCCCCUCAGCAAGCCCAUGCUCACCUCCUCCCCUGCCAUCGUUGUCGCUGAUCUCCACAGCCAGGCCACCGGCCAGUUGCAGAGCGAGGCACUCUCUGCUGAAAAGGAGAAGGAAAAAGAGGAGGGCCUGGAGUCCCGGCCAACAACAGCACAGAGCACCCCACCCACCCAGCUCUCUGACACCGAGGACUAUGCUGGCCUCGAGACCACCAGCUUGCUGCAGCACGGGGACACUGUCCUUCACAUCAGUGAGGACAACGGGAUGGAGAACCCCUUGCUGGCCACUCACUUCAGCUUCACACACGUGGAGCUCGGGGAGACGGACAUCGAUCUGGAUGAAUCUCAUGUUUAACUCCUGGGGAAGUGCCAUAGUGGGAGGAGGAAGAGAAAGUGCACCUUCUCCUUAGAAUUCACUGCUGACUAGUAAUUAAUUAAAACCAAGAGCACUUUAUUAUCCUUAUUAUAAGAAAAUGGCUAUCAGUAGGUUGCUAUAGACUGGCAAGUCUCUGUUUGUGAAAUCUGUUUCAGUUCAGGGCGAGACCACAAGAAAAGAGAAUUUGUACUGAAUUCUCAGGGUAGGGGUGUGUAGGCAAAUGUGGUGCACAGAGCCUUGAUCUGGCAGCCGUGUACUGUGAGCAGCAGCCUCGUGGGUAACAGGCUGUUGGACUGUGUGAGACAGAAAAGCCUCUUCUGUGAUUGUGCCCAAUAUUUAUUUUUGUAGUGUUUUUGAGAGGGGGGCUAUAUAGCAGCUGAAUCCAAGGCUCUUACACCUUGGUACUGACAGUGAAAAACACUGACAGGACCAAUCUAAAGCUUGAUUUCACAAGCUUGGGACCAUUGUUUCUAACUUGCAGAGCAAUGAUAAGCACUAGGAAGCAAUUAGACUCUUUUUUUUUUCCCCUUUCUCUUGGCCCUGCAGGCUUCAGUUCGGCUUACUUUUGUCUGUUAGUUUCGUCCCAGUCUGUAAGAUAUUGCCUUUGUGCUACAAAAAUAUUUGCUCUGUAAAACUGAAUACAGUACAUUCCAUAAGCAGGAAUGCACGUGCUGUGCACAGAUACAGAUGGGCAGGGGCUGAGUGAUCUGCAGCCCACACUGUCCUGCUUAAAUGUACUGAGCAAUUCAUCUUGACAGCUUAAAAAGAACCCCAAGGAACUGCAUGGUCCCAAGCAACUGCUCCACUGAUGCUCUUGGAUGUACUUAGAUAGAAGGAUUUUAAGUAAAUAUUUAUAUAUGGUAUUUUCAUGUUCCUAUAUAUAAAAAUAUAAAUAUAAAUAUAUAUAUAUAUACAUUGUAAACGAAAGAUGGCUAUUCCAGGGCAGAAAACUUGAUGAAAGAAUCUAUUUUUGGCAUGUUGAGAUUGUAUUUAAAAAGGCUACAUUUUAUGUAUGUAAUGAUCAUGGAUGCAAGUGUUAAAUAUGUGUAUGUAACAUUUACAGAAGGGGAAGAUCCCGAGGGGGAUCAGAUGAAGUCACAGCUGAGUUAUGGGCUCUGCUGCAGCAUCAUGAAAUGUGAAUUUAGCCAUUGGCUACUGACAGGCAAAGUGCAAACAGCUGUGAAACAAACCAUGAAAUCAUCAGCAAUGCCCAAAGUUACCCUCUGCUUUGGGAAUCGUACACUGCCUUUUUCAGUUCACAUUAGAAGAACUGGGGUUUAUAAUUGUGGCAUUAUUGUGCAGAGGAAAAUGUUUUGGAUCAUCCUGAGAGUAUCUAAAACACGCUAAUUACCAGUUUGGCUCCUGAAGGCUUGUCAUUUGGACACACACAUGAUAAAACGGCCUUAGGAGGGAAACGAUAUCCUGCCAGCCAUUUCCAAAGAAAGGACUUGCAUCUCUCCUUAACAACUCUGAAGUAGCUGUUAAAACACAGCCACACGAAGAGCUGCCUCGCUGCUGUAGUGCAGCACGCAGAUUUUACUGUGGCUUUGAAAAGUAACCACACACCUGGCAGCAGGUUUCAGCCUGUGGAAGCCCGUGGAGCCUCAGGCUGCACUGCCUGGCAUUUGCCAAAUGCUCAAAUUUGACAGGAGCUGUGCACAGCAGUCUGAAGACUGAACUCGCCUGCAUUAAACCUCUGAAGAGAGCGAAGGCCAUCUUUCUCUGAGGUGCUUAGCAUGCUCUGCUGCCACUGCACUGGUGAGAGAUGGAGGCUCUCAGCCCUCUUGGGAAAAGCAGGGAUGAAAAAGCAACUAUUUUUAUAGUGCAGCAUAUAUAUCCCAAUAUAUAUGGGGAUAUAUAAUGUACAGGUGGUGCACCAAUGCAGCUCCAAAGGGUACCUGGUUUUCUAAGAGAGGUGGUUGGGCAGAGGUGGCAGUGCCCCAUUGUAUGUCCUGAGCAACAAACUGCUUCCUCUGCUGACCAAAACAUGCUGUACUGCUUCUUAUCUCCUCAGUGCACUGGAGCCAACGCCAGGUACCUGUAGGAGACUGCUUUGGAUUAGCUCCUAGCUCGGAGGUCACUCCAAGAAUUGCUGAACUUCAGAUGAUAAGUGUUAUUAUUAACAGUGACGCACAAAUGAGGAAAAACAUAGCUUCACUUUCAAGUCCCAAGGUAGGCUGGGUCACUGGCAGUCACAGGGAGGAGAGCUUCAAACGUGAGCCGAGACACAACACACAGAGAAUUCAUGGUGCACUUUAUGGUGCGACCUUUCCUGCUGAAAAUGAGAAGGAAGGAUCUUCAUUAAUGAAAAGUAGAGGCCUCACCACAGUACUCUAUUUUAGCAAUGACAAAAUUACUGUGAUUUGCUUCAUUUAAUUCAGUGUAUGUAAUAACUGUUUCAAGUUUCCAUUGUCUCUGGUGAAUCCACAGUAGUAAGCCAUAGCAAGGACUAAAAUGCCUAUUUUUAAUGUCUACCCUGCUAGAAAUCAAUGCAGCUUAUAAAUGACGUAAUCUGUAAUUUAGUUUUAUCCAGGUGGCUGGGCAACUGGCUUUGGUUUUGUGGGAUGGCUGCUGAGAGAUGGCACAGACACGCAGGCCCAUGAGCCUGAUUUCUCAUGUUUUACUGUCAUAUCGGUUGCCCUUAAUGCUGUUCUGAUGAGGUGCAUACAAAGUACUCUAGCUGGUUUGUGCUUUCCUUCCGUCUCUCUGUACCAGAACUGGUGUAUUUCCUCUGUGAAGACAAACGAUGCUGCUUUACAUAGUGUUAGAGGCCUUAAGCGCAUGUCGUGUUCAGCAAUGUCCGGCUGUGCCUGUCUUGUCCGUGUGUCGGUCCGUCCCGUUGCCUCAGCAUUUUAUGCAAACGUUGCCCCGAGGGCUAAAUACAAAGGAGUGACGGCAAA